ACUCCCGUUGCAAAGCUUGUUAAAUUGAGCACAGUCUGCACUGCUAUUGUUCCGCGCCGAUUAUCUCUACUUUAAAGAAAAGUGGAAUCUUCCUAGUCGUCAUGAAAUUCCUAAUUGUGUUAGCCGUGGUUCUGGGCAUCGUAUCCUGCCAGAAAGGAGGUGCUCAGAAAACAGCGGGCAAGCAGAAGACCGCCGCCGUCGCCCCGAAAGCGGCCGCCAACAGCGCAGCCAAGCCCGCCCCAAAGUCGUCGCCGUCCUCUGCGGGAGACAGCAGCAGCAGCGGCAAGUAUGUCUGGGACUACCUGAAGCCGGCUCUGGAUGCCGCGGAAGUAGCCGCCAUCCUGCAGGCCAAAUCCGGCGACUAUCCGACACUGGCCGAGAUCCCAGAUGACAGCAGCUUCGACUGCAGCAGCAAGAAGCAGCCGGGUUUCUACGCCGAUGUGCCCAGCAAAUGCCAAGUGUUCCAUCGCUGCGAUGUCAACGGGAACAAGACCAGCUAUCUGUGCGUCAACAGCACCCUCUUCAACCAGAUCACCCUCGUCUGCGAUUACUUCUUCAACGUUGACUGCGAGAAAUUCGCUGAACAAGAGGAUUUCGCCAACUCCCGACUGUACACUGACAAGGAUAUCUUCGACACUCCCCCUGCUGAUUACGUUGCUCCUCAAAGCAAACCAGCAAAUGCCAGCGACAGCGGCGACCAGUCGCAGUCCAGUGCCACCACCAAGAAGGCGGCCGGCGGAGCGGCUGCCACAAAGAAGCCAGCUGGCGGUGCAGCUACGACGAAGAAGGCUGCUGGUGGGGCAGCCACCACCAAGAAAGUGGCCGGUGGCAAAGCAGCCACCACCGCUGCACCGGAAGAAGAAACUACCGCGGCGCAGAGCGAAGACACAACUUCUGCCGCCGCCAGCGAGGAUACCACUUCCGCCGCUGGCGGAGAGGAUACCACUUCUGCUGCAGGAGGUGAAGAUACGACCGCCGCCGCCGAAGGGGACACAACGGCAGCUGCCAGCGAAUAAAUGAUCAAAGAUCUCCGAUCUACACUGCCAAAGCGUGAAGCUGCUAUACAGCAGUCGCGUUUUCAGGGGUAGAGGCGGGUGCGUUUCUCGGGUGGCUCAGUUUUGCGCCUUUGUUGCCUUAUUUCCAGCUUGAAUAGUUUCUGUUUUUUCACUCUGAAUUUAUUGUAAAAAUUGAAAUGUACAGCUUACACGCGUAAUGCGCGAACUGACAAGAAUAAUGUCAAUAAACAAUCAGGAUCAAGAA